AAGCUUAUCACGUCAAGACCCGAGCAAGCGCGUAUUGCUUGGCUUCCAAACUGCCUAUCUGGCUUCUCGCUAUCACCAACCAAUAUUAGUGAAACAAUAAGACCGAAGCUUAUCACAACAGUCGUCCGACCACCACGCAGGAACUGGCAUCACCUUAAACAACACCAUGCGAUGGAAACACACCCAUAUCCACUCCAGUACGCUGAGUCACAACGACCCUUUUGCCAAGUUGGACCUGAUAUCCUCCGAACAACUCGGUAUGCUACAGUACGCAUUUGGACGUAACAGCUUGGUCCCGUAUUUUACAUUGGGUACACAAGCCCCUAGUGUUUGUGUACACAGCUUAGCGCGAGAGCGGCGCUAUUCUUCUGCACCCAAUCGUCUGCCCGCGUCGCUCUGUUAUCACCGACCUCGUCGCUCUCAAAGAGGUACGCGUUCGACCACCCCGGUAUCGCUGGGCAAUGAUAAUGCUAAAAUAGAGUGUGCACGACGUGCGUGGGUCUGUGUGGGGGAUGUCCUACGGACCGCGCACAUUUAUACACAGUACGUAGAAGAGAAUGGCUUAGUUUGGGAAUACGAGCAGGGAGGACGCCGGAACUGUGCGUACUGUGCUGUGACGGGUUGAAGCGUAUAGAGUACGUGCAGGUGUGUUAAUUCCGCUCUUAAGUGUAUAGGUAAAGAUGUAUAGUUAUAUAAAUAUACAUUUUUCUUGGACGUUACUCCCCG